UUAGAUAUUGAACAUGGCGGCACGAAGGAGGAGCUGCUCGAUUAAGUUCUUAGUUUUAAUUUGUGUUUUCGUCGGUUCGUGUUGCGGAGAAUCGAGUGACAUUGAACGUGAUGUUUUAGCUUCGAACACACAUCGGAUAGACAGCUUGAACUUGUUACUCUACACGUUUUUACUUAUUUUAACCGUCCUCACAGUUUGGCUGUUCAAGCACAGAAGACUCCGGUUCCUCCACGAAACUGGUCUUGCUGUCAUUUAUGGACUCAUCAUUGGAGCCAUCAUUCGAUAUGCAGGUGGUGAUGUUGGGAGACAACUUGUUCAUGAGAUGGUUGUCCCUGAAAAGGGUUCCACCUACAAUGAGUCUUUACCACCUGAUUUCCUCCUCAUGCGAUUCCCAACAAAAACCAUCACUGGCAACAAGACAUACUCCUACACCUUCAGGGGUGAAAUUAAAGAUAUCGAAGAAAAUGAAAUUGACUUGAAGGCCACAUUUGACCCUGAAAUAUUUUUCAACAUCAUUCUUCCACCAAUUAUUUUCCACGCUGGAUACAGUUUGAAAAGACGCUACUUUUUCCGCAAUCUGGGUGCUAUUUUGACCUACGCCAUGUUGGGAACCACAAUCUCAUCUUUCGUCAUAGGUGCUGUCAUGUAUGGUGCAGUCCAGCUGAUGCCUAACAGCAGCAGUUUUACCUUCCUCGAUCUCCUCUACUUUGGCUCAAUUAUUUCGGCCACUGACCCUGUUACGGUUUUGGCUAUCUUCAACGAUUUGCAUGUUGACGUCAAUCUGUAUGCGCUUGUUUUUGGAGAAAGCGUCUUAAACGAUGCCGUCGCCAUGGUUCUCAGCGGUGCCAUCCAAAAUUAUUCCAAGCACUCUGGAUCUGGAAGCUUUGAAUUUGAAGCUUUCCUUAAAGCAGUUGGAAACUUCUUCAGUUUCUUCUCCUUGUCCCUGUUCCUUGGCGCUGGGAUGGGUUGUUUAACAGCACUGUUGACCAAGUUUACCAGGGUCAGAGAUUUCCCUUUGCUGGAAUCCGCACUCUUCCUCCUGAUGUCCUACAGUACCUUUUUGAUGGCAGAAGCUACUGAGCUUACUGGAAUUGUGGCUGUUCUUUUCUGUGGGAUGUGUCAAGCCCAUUACACGUACAAUAACCUCUCGAUCGACUCGAGACGGAGGACAAAAAAGCUGUUUGAGCUUUUGAACUUCCUGGCGGAAAACUUCAUAUUCUGCUACAUUGGAGUUUCUAUGUUUACCUUCCCCAAGCACCACUUUGACGUUGGAUUCAUAGUUGCAGCAUUUUUCUGUGCAGCGUUGGGCCGAGCAGCAAAUAUCUACCCCCUCUCGUUCCUCUUGAAUCUUGGAAGAAAGCCAAAAAUCUCGUACAACUUCCAGCACAUGCUUUUCUUUUCUGGCUUGCGAGGUGCAAUGGCUUUUGCCUUAGCAAUCAGAAACACGGUUUCUGAAGCACGCCAAUCAAUGCUGACUGCUACGUCACUCGUGGUGAUUGUUACUGUGAUUGUAUUGGGAGGAUCUACCAUGCAACUGCUCACAUGCUUCAACAUUCCUGUCGGAGUGGAAGAAGAAGUUGAGAUGCUGCAAUAUGGUGGAGUUCGAAGUGUUUAUGAUUCAACAGAACAAAGUGCCCCUGGUGGGGCCUUGGGACAAAGUGCUGAGAGUGGACGUCGAGCAAGCAGCGCUACUGGCUCAAACAAUUUAGAAGGGACCAAGCCUAACGAAAAAGCAUGGAUGGCUCGUAUCUGGGCAGACUUUGAUGUUAGGUACAUGAAGCCCUUCCUUACCCACGCUAGACCAACGCUGCUAGAUACUUUGCCUGUUUGCUGCAAUCCCAUUGCGAGAAUCCUGACAACCACUGAGCAACUUACUCAGGAACCUAGAACGACUCGGCACAGAAACGAUUCAGACUCAGACAUGUGUCUUGAUGACAGUGAAAUGGGCUAUGGAACGAAUGGUGGCGCUGAGCAGCGGCAGCCUCGGCCUUUAAGCAGCAAACAAUACGCUGAGCUCUUUUCAAUAGACUGAUCUAUAAUUAUGUAGUUUUUUUUAACAUUAGACAAUCUCCACUUCAGACAUGAAAAUAACGUAAUUACUCAGUGCAAUAACAUUCAAAUUAGCAUCCUAUUGUCUAAUACAUCAUUGUAGAAAACUGCUUGUUGCUUUUUAAAUAUUUUUAAUAGCUUUGACUCAGUCUUGUGUAUUGCUUUCGGUGAAACGGAACUCAGGUGAAAUAACCGUCCUUUCGUUUUCUGCUCGCAUGCUGCGUCAUCUACAGCCUGAGGAUGCUCGAAGUCAGCUAAGCGUUGAGGGACAAAAUUUCAUGUAACUACAUUUCUCAUACAAAUCUUCCAACAACCACAAAAAAAAACACCUUGGAAAAUCUGUCCCCGUCUUCUGUAAAAAUCAGGUGGUUUCUUCUAUUCAAGCGCACCUCUGCAUCAAUGUAAUUGUCCUCUGCUAAAACCUCUGGUGAGAAUUUCCACUAACAUCUUUGCAUAAGUUAGACAUUUUUCUCUCUGAAUAAGAGACAUGAUCCAACCCAAUUUUGCUUAAAUAAUUUGCUAUUUAAUUGUGUUCGUCAGCAGGGUGUGUCGUCCGUUGCUACGUCGGACAGCUGGCCUCAAGCUGUCCGUGUUAAGCUACCAGGCCCUCGAGGAGCUGAAAUUUAAUUUGCUUUCCGUCUGAGAUGUGCUUUGUCUUUUAUGAUCAACUUUGUCAUUGUCUAAGGUCUAAACCACAGAAGUCGGCCGCCACUUUAAUUCAAGUGAGCCGUUUAUCUGGCAUUGCAUUGUCGAGCAUGGGGGGACUUGUGCAUUCUUCCUCAAUAAAAAGCCUUUUUGUUAUUUUGUUAUCAAGUAGCAUGUUAAACUGCGUGGAAUUUCGUACCAAAUCGUUGUUCAUAUCUGAUUGUGGCAGUUUCUAAAAUAAUGUUGAUGACUAUACUGCUAUGAUGGUUGUUGCCAAAAAUGUGAAAAUUCAAAUUUUGAUACUUGUUGAAAAAAAAAUAGAUUGUCGACUAUGCUAAAUUAAUUAUUCCUUAUUAGAAUUGAGUGUUUCUAAACUUCCUAGAAAUGCUAUUGUUAAAAUUUAAACAUGAAAGAUCGCUGGUUUAAUACUUAAAUUCAUAUUGGCCUAACCGUAAUCAAUGAUAUCCUUUGUAAAAUAUUUAUUUUUGACAAGCAAUGGGCCAUAGCCAGUUAUGCUUAUUUUAAUCUUACAACAAAAGCUAUAUCAUUGUAUAUAAUAUUAUAUUAUCAAGUAUCUUACAUUAUGGUGUUGAUUUCUGUGAUCAAAGAUAUCGAAAAAAUUAUAUGUAAUGCAAAAUAUAAUAUUCUGACUAUUCUGUUAAUUGUAAAUUUUCCAUAGAAAUGGUUGAUCCUAUUUGAUUGAGCAAGGAAAUGCCUUUAUACUUAAUGGCAAUGCUUCCUGUGUGAGUCACUGAUUUAAUUAUUGAAUUUUCACUGUUUUGAUCAAAAUUGGCACUUUUGAUGUUUUACACCUGCAAUUUAUCACAAAUUUUACUGCAACAAACAUGGAUCUCAUUUAAUAUGCUCUAUGCAUAUUUAUUCUAUAUGGAUGUUGGAAAAAUAAAUUAAGAAAAUCAGUCAAAUUUCAGAUUUAUGUUGUAAAAAAAACUAUGUAGAAAUUUGUUGUUACAAUAUUAUUUUACGAUUUGCGGUUGUUUGUGCUAAUAGGCUUCAACAACCAAGGGUACAUUUCUAUUGUUUCUUUAGAAACCAUGUCUGAAGAGAAAAUAAAAUAUUGAUGUUAAGAAAUCA